UGUCAGCGACGGAGGAGGGCGGCUAGCCCUUCGGCCCUCUCCCCGGCGGAAAGGCGACCGAAGGGGCAUCUCCCGAGCACUGGGCCUGAGCGCGACCCCACGGCCCUUGCUAGGGAUCCGCCUCUGCCUGGGACCGGAAGGUGUGCGCGGCGGGGCGGAGGCCGGGGCCGAGCGCGGGCCGCGCGUGGGAGCCAGGAGGGGGUUAACGCUAACCCCUCCCCCUCGGGCUGACAUCACGGGGAGAGCGGCUGAGAGGCUGGAGCUCGGCGAGUGAGAGAAAGAGAGGGAGAGGAGCGAGCGCGGCUCGACUCGGUGCCCGGGCAGCUCCACAUUGUUGCGGAUCGCCGGGACCCGGCAGAGCGAGCAGCUGCGGCGCUGCGGGGACGCGGCGCCCCGGGUCGCUCUCCUCGCCUGGAGCCGCACCGCCCGAUCGGCUGGGCCGCCGAGCCGCGCGCCCUCCGCCUGGGCCCCGAGCCCACCGCGCCGCCCGCCCGCCGCCCUCGCUCGUCCCGCCGCCCUCGGAGGACGGCCGCCCAUGGACGCCUUCAAGUUGGAGCCGAGCGGGAGGGUGUGAGCGCGCCGGGGGCCGGGAGCCCGCGCCGGGCAGCCGGGCGCGCCGGGGGUGGGUCCCUCUCCCCAGCCCGGCUCUGCGUGGAAGAAGAGGGCGGGGACCGGCGCGGGGAGGAGAGCGGAGGAGGAGAAGGGGGCAUGACUCGUGCAACUUGCGGCGGGCAUCUGCCGAGCCUCUGAGCCGGCGGCCGCCCGGGGCCCGGAUUGCGUCCGCGCCGAUCCCACCCAGCCCACCCCUCCCCGGCCGACGGCUGAGGUUGACCUGGAUCUUCAGAGCGCCCGCCGGCCUGCAGGGAUCGCCUUCGUCUUCCGGGCUGCUUUCUGGAGCGCGAGGAGCGCUCUCCUCGCGGCCCCUCUCGCCGGACCCCCGGCCCCCGAUGGCUCGGAUGGGGCUUGCGGGCGCCGCUGGACGCUGGUGGGGACUCGCUCUCGGCUUGACCGCCUUCUUCCUCCCAGGCGCCCACAGCCAGGUGGUCCAGGUGAACGACUCCAUGUACGGUUUCAUCGGCACAGACGUGGUGCUGCACUGCAGCUUCGCCAACCCGCUGCCCGGCGUGAAGAUCACCCAGGUCACGUGGCAGAAGGCCACCAAUGGCUCCAAGCAGAACGUGGCCAUCUACAACCCGGCCAUGGGCGUCUCGGUGCUGGCCCCCUACCGCGAGCGCGUGGAGUUCCUACGGCCCUCCUUCACAGAUGGCACCAUUCGCCUCUCCCGCCUGGAGCUGGAGGAUGAGGGCGUCUACAUCUGCGAGUUUGCCACCUUCCCUGCCGGCAAUCGAGAGAGCCAGCUCAAUCUCACUGUGAUGGCCAAACCCACCAACUGGAUAGAGGGCACCCAGGCAGUGCUUCGAGCCAGGAAGGGGCAGGAUGACAAGGUCCUGGUGGCCACCUGCACCUCGGCCAAUGGGAAGCCUCCCAGUGUGGUGUCCUGGGAAACGCGGCUGAAGGGUGAGGCGGAGUACCAGGAGAUCCGGAACCCCAACGGCACGGUGACCGUCAUCAGCCGCUACCGCCUGGUGCCCAGCCGGGAAGCCCACCAGCAGUCCCUGGCCUGCAUCGUCAACUACCACAUGGACCGCUUCCGGGAAAGCCUCACCCUCAAUGUGCAGUACGAGCCCGAGGUGACCAUCGAGGGGUUUGAUGGGAACUGGUACCUGCAGCGGAUGGAUGUGAAGCUCAAGUGCAAAGCUGAUGCCAACCCCCCAGCCACCGAGUACCACUGGACCACGCUGAAUGGCUCCCUCCCCAAGGGUGUGGAGGCCCAGAACAGAACUCUCUUCUUCAGGGGACCUAUCAACUACAGCCUGGCAGGAACCUACGUCUGUGAGGCCACCAACCCCAUCGGCACCCGCUCAGGCCAGGUGGAGGUCAAUAUCACAGAGUUCCCCUACACCCCGUCUCCUCCCGAACACGGGCGGCGCGCCGGGCCAGUGCCCACGGCCAUCAUUGGGGGCGUGGUGGGGAGCAUCCUGCUGGUGCUCAUUGUGGUCGGCGGGAUCGUGCUGGCCCUGCGCCGGCGCCGUCACACCUUCAAGGGUGACUACAGCACCAAGAAGCACGUGUACGGCAAUGGCUACAGCAAGGCCGGCAUCCCCCAGCACCACCCGCCCAUGGCCCAGAACCUGCAGUACCCUGAGGACUCCGACGACGAGAAGAAAGCCGGCCCCCUGGGCGGCAGCAGCUACGAGGAGGAAGAGGAGGAGGACGGCGGAGGGGGCGAGCGCAAGGUGGGCGGCCCUCACCCCAAAUACGACGAGGACGCCAAGCGGCCCUACUUCACGGUGGAUGAGGCGGAGGCCCGUCAGGACGGCUGCUACGGGGACCGGACUCUGGGCUACCAGUACGACCCUGAGCAGCUGGACUUGGCGGAAAACAUGGUUUCUCAGAACGACGGGUCUUUCAUUUCCAAGAAGGAGUGGUACGUGUAGCCCCGUCUGCAGAGCCCCUGCCCCAAGCCCACACCCGCACGCCCCCUGCCCGCCCCCCACCGUCCACUGCCCCAGGAGCUCGGCAGAGACUCACCCAGCUGCUCGGGGUACCUGGGAGCCCAGGGCACGUGACCUGGCUUUGUUUUGACUUCCUCCCUGCCCCCCCCGCCCUCCCCCAUGGUGUGUGUUCACUGUGGCUUUGGUGUUGCUGGUACCUUUCCUCCCCUGACCCCACCUGCCUCCCUCCGCAGGGAGCCCUAGUCCCGUCUUGUGUACCUAGAUGUCCCUCCGGGGUUUGGGGAGCCAGCCCUCCCCUGCCCCCAACACUGGAAUUUGUCCGUGUCCUCUCUCUGCGGGUGGAGGGCCGAAGGGGCUCCAAGAGGAGAAGCCCCCUGCCACCAACCCCAGAUGCUGCUCCUUUUUCCCUGGAAGAGGGAACCUGGCACCCCCUCCCCCAUCCCACCAUGAGCUGACCAGCUGGAGUUCGGACCCCCGGUCGAGGCAGCCAUUGCGCCCAAGGGGUAGGGGAGUGGGGGUGGCUUUUCCGAAGCACCCAGGGUUGUCUUUGUUUGUUAAGUGAAUCAAGCUGAGGUCUCCACCUGAGGCCUUGGGCAGUGUAUUUUCCUGGCAAGGUUAGUUUUACAGUUUUUUUCCUCAUUGGCCUCCAGGGAGUUAAGGUGGCCCAGCUCUGGUGUGUCCCUCCUCUUUACCCCAGUCUGCUCCCCACAUAGCAGGACUCCAGGUAGACUCUGGCCCACACUUCGCAUACACUUCUACCAACACAUACGCACACUUCGUACACACACACACACACACACACACACACACGCCACUCGUGUCUACCCCUGUGCUCCCUCUGGGGUCACAUGCCUUACCCAGGCUGGACACUGCCCAAGGCUCGGCUCUCUGCUCCACCUCUCCCCUUUCCUUCAAGCUGAGGAUGGGGGCAGCCUUCAGAAGCUUCCAGGGAGAGCUGAGACUAGGCCCUUCGGUGCCUCCACCCUAGCAUCUCAGGCUGGCUCUGAACUGCUCCUUAUAGCAUGGAAGUUUCUUGAAUUUCUCCCUAUCUAUCAAGUGCUAGCAACUCUUGAUUUUCUUGGGGAGUCAGAGCUGGGAUCCCAGAAGGGAAUUAGAUCCAGGAGCUACAGGUGAAGGAGGAUCAAUGCAGAGGGCACCGGAGAAGGAAGCCCGCACAAUAGGAGCUCUGCAAACAUAGGCUGAUAAGACUCUGCAGAGCGCAGGUAGCUCCUGGCCCACAAAGGCCAAUGUACCUGCUCCGGGCCUGCCAGAAAGUGCGAGGGGAACGGGGAGCCAGGGAUCCUGAGUCUGAAGCUCCCGCUCGCCACCCUCCCCGUCCUGCUUCAGCUAUCCCUGGUCUCCAUUCUGGAUGAGGUGGGGAACCCUGGAGAAGCUUUCCCUUUGAGUUGUGGAUUCCCUUCAUGAAUGGGGCUCUGGGUUCCUGUCAGUCACCCGAGACUGAUGGUCUUCCCCAGGAUACCAUGGAGGAAGGCCCCUCCCAGCCCCUUCUUUGCCCCCCCAGCUCCAAGUGCCUCAGUUCCUCCAUUUGCCUACCCCAUCCCCCCAGCACUCUAGACGGGAAAGACCCUGGGAUGGGAGAGGCAGGUUCAUACCUGCCCAUGAGGAUUCCAGUGAACUCAGCCCAGGGUGCAGGGGCUCUGUGGGAUGGCAAGUGUUGGGGGGGAGGAAGGCAGACCACUCUGUGCCCCACGGGCACCAGCCUACUCUGCCAUAGGCUUCCCAAGGGAGCCCCCAGCCUCCCGCCCUACUCCUCCCCUCCCUGGUGCUGCUAUGGAACCCCCAGCCAGCUCCAUCUCUGCCCUGGCAACCCUGGACCCAGUGGGCCAGCUGGGUCAUGCUCCUCCCCCAGCCCCCACUGCCCUAGCCCCAGCCCAGACCACCCAGUAGCCACGUAGCAGAAGUCUGAAGCCAUGCCAGCCCUGGGGCAGUACUCCCCUCUCUUGGCAUUGGGAGUACUGGAUGGGGUGGAGUUGGGAGAAACUUCUGGGGUCUUUCUAGCCACAGGGCAGAGGGGGUGGAGGAGCUGGGCUGCAUCUCCCAGCAGUAUUAGUGUCCCCCCCCCCAGGGCAGAGGACCUUUUCCAUGUUAUAUCACUACCCCAUCCCACCUCACACCACCCUGGCCCCUCUGCUUGGUCCCACUGCCCCCAGGCAGGAGGAAAUCCCAGGGGCCUGCCUGAUAGAGGCAUUCUCUGUUCCCUUGAAAUCACAAGACUGAAAGGACUCUUCCUCUUGUGUCUCCCUUAUCUGCACUGCCACCCCUCUUCCUCCUUAUAUGAUGGACUUAGGAGGCCCCCAGGCCUAGCCAAAGCACUGAGUCCCCCUUAAGGCACCUCCAAGCCCUCCCCUCCAGCAAAGCACAAAUUGUGGGGUCCAUGCCAGAUGUGUGGGCCACGUAGAAGGCUCCUGCCUUGGCAGGGACCCAUCAGCAGCACGCCCACCAGGGCAGCUGCUACCCGGGGCCAAGAGUCGGCACGAGGCCGGGGUCGGCACUUGGGCCCGGGGUGACAGGGUUUUCUGUGCCCCAAGUUUGUGGGGCGGUGGGUACUACUGCUGGGCCCAUAGCCACAGCCGCUGGCACAGGGGAGGUCUGGCCCAGCAGAGAGACGAGGACGUCUUGCUUCUCCGUGCCCCCAACAUGAGCUGAGCUUCUGCCUUUGCUGGAAAUGAAAUAAACUUGGUCUGCAUUGUGCCAAGGCCUCCCCACUUGUCAUCCUGCCUCUUGUUGCCCUCCCCGUCCUCGCCCGUCCCCCACUCCACCAAUACCCCUCUUUCCUUAAGAUUUUGAUAUUGUUCUAAUGCGUAACAACCCUCUGAGUCCCCUUGGAUCAGAAGUAUCUGAAGAGCAGCAGCGUGGAAUCAGGGAACGCAGGCACGCACGUGCAGCCGCGUCAGGCCUGGCCCGUGCGUGCACGGGGGCGCACCCCCCCCCCGACAGACCCAAGCACAGGCGCCCCAGCCCCACAGACAUGCCAAGGGGCUGGGCUGGUCCUGCUGAAAACCCUUCAGGAAAAACUGAUUUCCCAGCGCUCGGGCCAUAAGAGCGACUCACGGGGGCCCUGUUUCCCAGGCAUGUGCCCCCAUGCCAACCCCCUCCCAUGUGCCCGAGUCACUGGUGCAAUAAUUUUUCUGCCGUCCUCCAAGCAGAGGAAUCGGGGAUUGUGUCAGGUGGUGUGGGCAGCUCACGUGGGAGGAGGGGAGAGCUGCCAGGCCUCCCGGGGGCCAGACGGAGACCUUCUAGGCCUGACUGCCACCGGGAACCCUCAGCUGGGCCCCACCAGGCCCCAGGCCCACGGGGAGACGUGCCCAGGCCCCUGUGCCGUGGCCCAGGCGGUGAGGGCUUCUGGGACCUCGCUGCUGCCGCCCGAUUGUGAGGCCAGAGGAGCCUCUGCCCCGCCGGUGCUGCUGCUUUUCUGACUCCUGCUGUGAGGAAUGGGAUUCUUGGCCGGAAACAAACAAACAAAAAAAUGGUUUUCUUUUUUUGUAUAAAUGGAAACAAAAUCCAGGAGAAGCUGCCCCCUCCCCUCCCCCCGGAGUGUGAUGCACAACCUUUGCUUCAAUUUCUUAGUCACUGUUUUCGUCUUUGGUCCCAGGGACGGCCCAGCAGAUUCUCCUGGUUCUAACCCAGGGGGUGUUUGCAUCACCCCCUUUUACUUGUAUAAAAAAAAAAUGAUGGGUUGAAAAAUGUACUGAGGAAAA